ACACGGCGAUUGAAUUUAUAUUUUUUAACGACAAGUCUAAUUAUUUUUUUCUAUUUUAUUUUAAGUCUGUGUAAUGCAUUUAUUUUACACGUGCUUUGGCAACGUAAACGGCUGUUUCCAAUGCCAGUAAAGCCUCUUUGAAUGUGAAAAUUGAACCGAUUGAUCACUCCGCCGGCGGUGUAAACACAGAACGAGUCGACCUCAUGUCCUGUAGCAAAACGAGCACCGACAGCGUCGCUAGCCAGCUAGCUUUCAUUUAGCAAAUCUUUGCUAAAAGGCGUGUUGGCAUGGCGGAAGGUAGCGGUAACGUUAACGCCGGUGCGGCAAACCUUCCUGCGGGAGACCCGCAACUUAUCGGCAUGAUUGUGGAGCAUCUGAAGAACCGGGGGCUUUUUGACGAGUUCCGUCGGGACUGUCUUGCCGACGUCGAUACGAAGCCUGCCUAUCAGAACCUGCGACAGAAAGUUGACAACUUUGUCACGUCUCAGCUGAGCACACAGGACUGGAACCCGUCCAUCAACAAGAACCAGAUGAGGAACGGACUGAGGCAGAGUGUCGUUCAAUCGGGUAUGCUGGAGUCCGGUGUGGACAGGAUCAUCACUCAGGUCGUGGACCCCAAGAUGAACCACACUUUCCGGCCGCACAUAGAAACUGCCAUCCAUGACUUCCUGUCGGGGGACAGGAGGGAGGAGAACACCCAGAGUUGUAACUCUGCACCAUGUGAACAAACAGAACCACAAGAGGCCCCGGCGUCUGCCUCUGGCCCCAAAACCCCCUGCAUGCCGGCGAACUUGUCCGCUGUGUUUUGUGUGUUUUUUGUGCUCCUGGCCCAGGUGCUGACCGUGGAUCCGCAUGAUGUCCAGGAGAAACAAGUGAGCCAGGCCAAAAGACGCCUCUCUUUGCAGAGCACAGCGGAGAUUCAGAGUUGCCUGGUGAGCUCAGGGGAUGUCGGCUGUGGGACGUUUCAGUGUUUCAACAACAACUCCUGUGAAAUCCAAGGCCUGCACGACAUCUGUCUCACUCUGCUUCACAACGCCGGGCGCUACGACUCUCAGGGCAAGUCAUUUGUGAAGGAUGCUUUGCGGUGCAUGGCGCUGGGACUGCGGCAGCGCUUCAGCUGUGUGAGCCGCCGGUGCUCAGCGGUAAAAGAGAUGGUGUUCUCGCUGCAGAGAGAGUGCUACUCCAGACACCAGCUCUGCCUGGCUGUACGGGACCACAUGGACACCAUGGGUAACCUGGUCCAGUUCCACCUGAUGUUUCCGCCGGGACCGUACGUGGAGCUGAUGAACUUCCUGUUGAAGUGUGGAGACGAGGUCAGGUUGUGGGUCGGCCGGCGACUGCGCGGGCAGUGCGAGCAACAAUGGGGUGCGUUGUGCGGUAGUUUUAGCAACACCUGCUCCCUCAGCCAAUUGGAUGCUCCGCAGCACACCACCGCCCCUCCACCCACCGCACCCUGGCCCAUCCCUGUUCAAGGACCCUCGCAGCAGCCAACCAGAGCGGCAGAACUAGAGAACACGAGCGCGCUCAGUAAGAUCAACACCACCGAAUCUGGUCUGCCCGUGUCUGAGAAAUCCAAUGUUACUGCGUCAUAAAAAGACAGGCAGGUCACGCAGAGGUGCAGACAGGGUACACAAAGAUACAAAGAUCAUGCACUUAUUACUAUUAUAUUAGUAGUACAAUGAGUAGUGGUAGUGUUAGUUUUAUCAGAGUAUUAAGUGUAGUAUGGUGAAAGCGAUGCAACAUAACUUAUUUAAUCUGUUGGGUUUUUGUGCUAUAUUAAUAUUUUUCUUUGUACAAGGAUGAAAAAACAAUUAUCUACCUCACUGCAACAUCACAGUAAACCACAGUGACUGUAUCGUUCAGCAAAAGGCAUGGACACACACGACAACACUACAGGGAAGUUGUCUCUAGCUCAAGUGCAGCUGAUGGCUCCAAGUCAAUAUUCUACCUAUUUAAGUCUGUUUUUGUAUUUAUGAGGAUUGUUAUAUUAUGCACCGUAUAGCUGACACACUAUCAAACGUUAUCUUGUAGACAGUCGGACUGCAGGAAGGGAAGCACUCUUUGGUUAUGACGUGUUAUAAAUAUGUAUUUUUUGAUGUUCUACUUGAACGAUCACAUUUCAUACAAACCCCAGGUUUCAAGCUAUGUUUUGUACGUUUUUAUUUAAAUGAAUCGAAAAAUACAUUUGUAAACAUUUUAAUUGAAAGUCAAUAAACUACAAUGAUGUUACUGAA